GCCCACCUAGAAAAGAAAUAAAUACACGCUUGUACAUUUUGCAGACAGCCCUGUACUACCCUCCCACCACAUACAGAAUAAUCCACCUUCCCAGUCCCACUCGGGCUCCCUCCACUCACACACAGUGGGUUUGUCCUCCCACAUAGGUACAUUCUCACACCACUGACUCAAACCUUCCUCCUUCCCAUCUGGGCUCCUCCCCUCCUUGCCGUGACAUCACAUCACACUAGAGCUGCUCCGGCACGCCCUCACGUCUGCAGCAAAGUGUCCGACCCCUCCCAUUGGCUGCUUGCCUCAUAGUGUGAGCUCUGCUCACCACACAUAACGAAUCCUAUUGGCUGCAUUAAAACCCCGCCCUCACCCUAUUGGUUGCAUGGCAACUGAAGCCGGGAUGCUGAGGUUGAGUCUGAUUCCUCAUCCAUCCACAUGUAAUGUCACUAUAAACCACAGCCCGGCACUCGUCCCCGGCCAAUGUUGGGGCAGACACCACAGACAGCUUAUUGCCUUCCAGGCCGGGUAAUCCUACAGCUGAAUCCUAGUAACUGUGUAUAAGGAGGCAGGGAACGGAGCAGCUGGUGUGAUCAGCCUGACAGACUUAGUACACACCCCUUGUGUGAGAGUGAAGAGAAAGCACACGCCCCCUGACUGGUUCUUGAUCACUAGUCUGGCCAAACAGGAGCCACUACUGACACCAUCAACUGACAGUUACUGGACUGACAUCCCUGUGGACUGGGCUGCUUCUGUCGUUCUGAUCCAUCUCAUUCCUUCCACAUGGACUUGAAUAUUUAGCAUUUUGAAAAUAAUUCUUUUUUGGGGGAGGGCUACUCUGACACAUAAAGAAGAGAUCUACUACAUCAACCUGCCUGGCAUCCAACACUUUCUGGGGACAAGAUGUGGACCUUUCUGGGGGUGGCCACCUUCACCUACGUCUAUAAGAAGUGCGAUGAGUUGUUGAACACCUCCCGGCAGGAGCUGAUAGUGGCCGGCCUUUUGUGUUGCACCGCAGGACUGGUCCUGUCAGUCCUCCACUAUAGGGGCAGGCUGGGCUCUAGGAAAUCAGCUGUGAAAGGAACUGGACUCAUCUCCCGGGUUUUGAAUGGGCCUCCACAACGGGGAAAUCUCAGGCAGAAAGGAGCUAAAAAGAGCAAAACAGACAAACAUCUACUAGAAGCAGAUUCUGAAUCUGAUAACAAAACCUUUGAUCCAGAAGUUGUUAUUGUGGGAUCUGGAGUCCUUGGCUCAGCUUUAGCCACAGUGAUGGCAAGAGAAGGCAGAAAGGUGGCAGUGAUCGAAAGAGAUAUGAAAGAACCUGAUCGUAUAGUGGGGGAAUUACUGCAGCCUGGAGGAUAUCAAGUUCUUAAGGACCUCGGCCUUGGUGAUGCGGUGGAAGGCCUGGAUGCCCAUGUUGUGCAUGGAUAUGUUGUUCAUGAUUUUGAGAGUAAAGCAGAAGUGGAGAUCCCUUACCCUCUGAAUGAAGAGAAGCAGUUGCAGUGUGGACGAGCUUUCCACCAUGGCCGAUUUAUCAUGGGUCUCCGGAAACUGGCUGUGGCUGAGAGCAACGUUAGGAUUAUCGAAGGGUCAGUGACUCAACUACUCGAAGAAAAUGACAUUGUAAUUGGAGUGCAAUACAGAGACAAAGAGACAGGCGAUACCAAGGCGCUCCACGCCCCUUUGACGGUUGUUGCUGAUGGCGUUUUCUCCAAAUUCCGGAAAAAUCUCAUUACUGGACAAGUCAAAGUAUCCUCUCACUUUGUGGGCUGUAUUUUGAAGAACUCACCACAAUUUAAAGCCAAUCACGCAGAGCUGGUUCUGGCCAACCCAAGCCCAGUAUUGAUUUACCAGAUAUCAUCAACUGAGACUCGUGUCCUGGUAGAUAUCAGAGGGGACAUGCCCAAGAAUCUGAAAGAAUACAUGAUUGAGAAGAUCCUGCCACAGCUUCCUGAUCAUCUGAAGGAUCCAUUUCACUAUGCAGUAGAAAAUGACAGGUUGAGAACAAUGCCAGCAAGUUUCCUUCCACCCUCUCCGGUAGAUAAAAAGGGAGUCUUACUUUUAGGAGAUGCUUACAACAUGAGGCACCCACUGACAGGCGGUGGGAUGAGUGUGGUGUUGAAUGACGUGAUGAUCUGGAGAGACCUUCUUCAGGACCUGCCUGACCUGUCCCAACAUUCAGAAGUUUUACAGGCCAAGAAGUCAUUUUAUUGGUCUAGGAAGAAGACCCACUCCUUUGUGGUCAAUGUUCUAGCCCAGGCACUAUAUGAGCUGUUUGCUGCUACAGAUGAUUCCCUGUACCAGCUGAGAAGGGCCUGUUUCAACUACUUCAAGCUUGGGGGAGAGUGUGUCGCUGGUCCUGUUGGACUCCUGUCUGUGGUGUCUCCCAAACCUUUGCUGCUCAUUGGCCAUUUCUUUGCUGUGGCACUUUAUGCUGUCUACAUUUGCUUCAAGAAUGAGCCCUGGUUGACCAAGCCCAGAGCCUUGUUCAAAAGCACCGCUGUAUUAUACCGCGCCUGUUCUGUGAUAUUUCCUCUUAUAUACUCUGAGAUGAAGUAUUUGGUCUACUGAAACCAUGUGUGGGAUUGUGAGAUACUGAACAUGUAGGAUGUGGAACCCCAACGGUGCAAUCAGUUAGGUUCAUCUUCACUGGUGACCUGACAGACUGAUAAAUGCUAUUCACGCAAUUCCAGUGGUUAAUUGAGAUAUUAUGAAGUACGGCAUUUACAGUUACAAAUGGCAAAUAAUUCAAGGCGAAUGGCGUCUGCUUAUGGAACUAAAAAGAAAAUAUUUUGGUGCAUUUGUGUGGAUGAGAUUUACAAUUCCUAUUUUCAAUAUUUAUUUGCUUUUAUUUAAAGCUGCUCUUGUAAAGGCCUCCAGCAUCCUGAAAACUGGAAUGUUUGGAGAAAGCUUUACCUGUGAAUUUCCUAGGCUCCAUUCUCUACUAAAUUCAUCUAAGGUAUGAAAUAUCUUCACCUGACUGAACCACGUCCUUAUAUCUGUACUAUGCAUACCCAGAUGGAGUUGUGGAGCACGAGCUGAUCUACAUCCAAUUAAUGCUACUGACUUUGGUGGAGUGCAUAGCAGAUGGCCAAAGCACAUACAGCCUCUGAGAAUGGGAACUCGCACCGGCCUUCUUUACUUGUCUCUAAGAACACAUUAGAACUGAACAUUUUUUCUUGGGACACAAAAUGUGCCUACACACCCUCAUCUUGUGAUUUUUCUUUGGACUCAGUAACAGAAACUACACAAGCAAAAAUAAUUGGGUUGGAAGGUCACAGUCUCACCCUACAGUUUAGUAGGCACUUCAUCUCACUUGGUGGUGAAAACUAACUUUUAUGAGAUGAACAUAAUAGUGGUCAAAGGUCUUUAACUUAGCCCAGAGUCUUGCGUUUGUUUCUAACCAGGGGUAGUUUACCUUCAAGUUAACUUUUAGCAUAGUAAGGCAUGUCCUAGUCCAGGCAAUUUUUCAAUUGGUUUUUAUGUUUUAUAAUUUUAGAAUGAUUUUACAUUUUCUGCUGGCUCUUCCCAGCAUUCCAAUGGGGGUCACUGACCCUGACAGCUAAAAUUUUUGGUUUUAUAUUUUAUCACUUGUUUUUCUAUUCAGGAUUCUCCUAUUAAUCUUCCAGAACCCUAAUUGCUAGGGUAAAGUGCACUGGAUAGCUAAUGAAAUUCCAAACUGGAGUGAAACAUUAAAACCCUUAACGAGCUGUCACUACUGUCAAUAUAAUACAAUAUAAUUUUCUACACAAUACUAAAGGUUAAGUUUAAGAUGAACUACCCCUUUGAAAAGAGCAUUGCAACUACGCCAUCUACAAUGUAAUAUAGAAAAAGGAGACGCUAGAAAACAAUGGUGGAUUUUGCCUUACACAUUUCAAAUCAAUAGGUAACUUAUUGGUCUUUCACAGUUAUAAUGAUAGCAAGGAGCUGAUAAUUAAUAUAUAAUGGUUUAUCAACCAGAAGCCUGACUGAUAUGUACAUUUGAUUGCACAUGUAAAGUUAUGUUUCCUUGCAUGGUGGUGAUUGUACAAUACAUGAUAACACCACAACGGACAAGUAUAUGUUAUAACAUUCUCACUAAAAAAAUUGCUAAGGAAAACAUUCCUCUAUUCUUAUUUUGGAAGUUUUCCUACUUAAUGUCUUUAAUGGGAGUGUCUUUAAUGGGAGUUAGGAAAGGGCGGAAAGUUUAAUACGCAGACAAAGAUCUAUAUGCAGAUAUUUUUGUACAGAUUAUUACACAAGUAUUGUGUAAGUGUAUUUUUAUUUUUUUUAUAUCUUGGGGCAUUUUGUGUACAAUGUUCCCCUUUAACAGGAAAUGUUAAUUUUUGCAAAUUAAAAUGGAUUUGUGUACUGUUCUUACCGCAUACUUUGCAUUAAUUUCACAGUCUUUAGUUGGCAACACAUUUAGACUAGGACUAGUUUUACAUACACAGAGACUAAACAGAGCCUAGUAUUGUAUUAGUGGCCCCCAAAAGAAAAAAGGGACAAGUAGGAUAGAAGCAAAUCUAGGGCCAUGCUAAAACUGACGGGAGGAGAAUCUAACGGCGAGCGUAUUUCAGUGAAAAAAUCCUGGGUUGGCCGAAAUAGUGGAGAAACGAGAGCCAAAAUCAGAUACCACCUGGCCCUAGAGGAUGAAUAAAGGUAAAAAAAGAAUAUCGAAUAAGGGAGUAGAUCAAUGUUAAUAGAUCAGUCAUAAAAAGUCUUCUAUUUGUACUCUUUUUACUCUACCUGGAGCAAUGGCACUAUAUAAAUAACAAUAAAGACAAGGGUGAAUGAAGGAAAGAACUAAAGGCAGAUUGAUCAAGUUAGUGAUAUUGUACUGCUAUAAUACAACUGUAAAUUAUUUUCUGAUAGACUCAAGAUGGUGCAACCUAGGCCUACCAAGCUAUAGAAGACCGUGGUAAAUCUUGGCCAAGCCAGGCAGAUGAUGUAUAUAGGACAUUACCUUCUGCAAAGCACAAACACAAAACAACAUUUGACAGUGGUGACAAGAACAGGGCCAAUUCAAGUUAACUUCUAUGAUAAGAGGCAACAUGGGAAUUGUAGAAUGUUUCAGUAAUGGAGGUGGUACCAAUUAAAA